AUGUCUAUAAGUGUAACGCCAACUUCGAUAGCGCUCGCCUCAAUUGAUCGUUUACUGGUUAUUGCGGCAGAAAAGUUUGAUUCCAGUAAUCCAACUUCUUUGUUAGACGAGGGAUUUUUAAAUCGCAUAUUUGUGGCAUCUUCUACUGAAAGUGGCAUUGCUGAUCAAUACGUUUUUCGCGUAUUACUUGAUAAUAUUAUAACAUCGGACACAUUUCUUUCUGAUUGUCUACCUACUUCAAGCUCAAACACACCAGUCCGAUCUGCAUCUGCUAGUACUGGUACAUUUCAAAAACAGACAUCUACCAGUAGGCAACAGUCAGGGUCUUUGUCAGCUCGGAAGUACGAUCUUCAACUGAAAAGCGACUUCUGCGUGUACGUAAUUCGACAGCAACUGAAAAACUGUGUCGAAGAUCCAACAGCAAUUUCUAUACGCCUCUUUUAUCGCUUUGUUGAAGUGUUAGAGGAAAGAUUAGUUGAAAUACGAUAUAAUCUACUCGGACGUUUUCUUGAAACUCUUCUUGUUUCGUUACUAUCCGUUGAUCUUUUUAUUCAAGUGCUUGUUGGCCUUACUCUUUUCUCUUCCUCACUUGUGCCACAAAUUGUCAAAGGACUUGGCCAGUAUCUUCGUACCACAUUCACAACAUUAUUUGAAGCUAUCAGAAAAGACAAUUCAGCGAUCUUUGACUGUGCAUUAUCAAUUGAAUUCAUUCAUCAACUUUUUACAUCUCUUCUUUCAACGCAAGUUAUCGAAUUUGCGGCGAUUGAUCAACAAUCUGUAAUCUAUUUUCUGAAAAUUUUUGAAAAAGAGCUUAAUUUACGUGGUGUUACUUUGAUAAGAACUCUCUCGCCGCUUCAACUUAUUUUGACAUCUGUGCCAGAAGGACAUUCUAAAGUACCAUUAUCAUCAACUGGAAGUGAUCAUCUUUCACCUUUUGAUUACGUUGAUUUGGAGGAUAAAAAUCUUGAUGAGAUAAUGGACAGCCUGGCUUAUCAGAAUCCGAACUUGCUAGCGCAGCAAAUUCAGGAAAUUGGUACGACAUUUACAUCAAGUGUGAAGUCAUGUCGGCAGCAUCUGAUCUCACUGAAUUCUGGGGAUGGAACGAAUUUAAAUGCUGUUAAUCUUUCUCGAGUUAUUGUGAUGAUGAUAAAUACAUGUUCCGGUUCUAAUAUGCAACAAUCGGUCCAGUCAAGUGUUUUAUGGGACCAUCGUUCUGGAAGUGUUCCAGCAAUUGGGACAAGUUCAUCAGCAGAAAGUUUGUCGACAACCACUAGUGGUCUCUCCGAAAAUUCUGCGAGCGCAGUCAUAACCUCAGCAUCACAUUCGAUGCAGCAGAUAGCUUGGAAUGCAAAAAAUUUUGCCAACGCAGUUCGAGAGCUGGCGCCAAAUCUAAAUUGGUCGGAAAUAGUAAUGCAUCUCGAUCAAACAAAUUUUAUUGUGCGAACAAAAGCGCAGCUGCAGUUAUUAACUACAAUUUUGUUAGAAGGUCUUGGUUCUAAUCCUUUUCCGAUAGGCUUGCUGUAUCGUGAAUGGAAUUUUCAUAAAUACGGCCAGUUAUCGUGGAUAGAACAAAUAUUGCAAAAUCCUGAUGUGUUUUGCUUUUCUGACUAUCCUCACAAAACAGUGAAUUUGACCCCAUUGAAAGUACAACCGCAGGAAACAAGGGAAUUAAGUAGCUGGCGCUGUUUGGAUUUGGUGGAUACGUUAAUACGGUUAGGUGAAGUGAGGAAACUGGUGAAUAGUGUGAUGAAUAUUUUGCACAAGCCAACUAGUGCUUGCCCAGAUGUUUUGCUUCUAGCUUUAUUGCAAAUGCAGCUGCCUACAUCAAAUUUGCGUAUUCACUUAAUGCAAAUGCUCAUACCAACAUUGAUUGGAAAUCAUCCCAAUGCUGUCCCUGUAUUAAAUGUAGUUUGGAAUUGCGAUGACAAAGUGCAACUGAGACCAACGAUUUUAACUGCUCUCUGCAGUUAUUAUAUGAAAAACCCAGAUGAUCAGGCAAAAUUGUCCCGAAUCUUGGAAGUAGCUCAUGAACUUAAACCAGAUGGUUUAGCCGAACUAUUCAAUGUGCCACAAUUUCCCUUUACAAUUGAUUUGGCUUGUCUGGCUUCGAGAAGAGAUUUUUUAAAAUUGGACAAAUGGAUUGAUGAUAAAUUAGCAGUUUAUGGAGAUGCGUUUGCCUCGCAGGUUAUAUGUUACAUACGUCGUCGGUUACCAGCGGGCAUGGUUAAUAGUAGUGUUUUACCACAAGAGACCAUGAGAAUGCUACUAAAUGCCCUUUCACGGACAACUUGUAUGUCUAGUGCAUCAAUCAAUGAUUUAUCCUCGCUUUGCUGUCAAAUACCUGGGCUGAAAAACGGUGAAGGGCGUUUGUCAGCCAUUUCAACGUCUCGAACUCAGUUAAACGCCGCUGGAGCUACGCAUUCAUCAACAUCGAAUAUGUUCACUAGCGGUAUAGGGACACCAUCAGUGCCCGUGCAGCAACCUUCCAGCAGUUUUGGUAACUUUCCUUUCGGAACAACUGGAUUUGGUGCAUCGAAUAGAGAUAUGCUUGCAGCUGCACAGCAAAUGCAAAAUCGACAACAACAACAAGGGAACUUGCCUGGAUCAGUGCAGAUUUUUGGGACCAAUGCAGGGACAAAUCUUUGUGUACCAGGCUCUAAUACUGGACCAUUUCCUCAGGCAAAUGAAUUACUUAAAGCAACAAAUGCAACCAAUGUUUUGCAAUCAAAUUUUAAUGGAAGUCACGCUCUGUCGAUGUCACCAUCUGGACAGAUGAUGAGGACAAGUUUUAUGAGUAGUGGAGUAUCAACAACACAGUCGCGGCCAGGACCUGGAGCUGGAGGUUCUGGAUGGAGUAUGCCAGUAGGCAUACCAGGUACUGGUGGUGUACGAACAACAUCGGGAUCAAGCAGUGGACCUUCGUCAACUCUCGAUUUCCGCAUGCCACCUGGUGCUCCGGGUUCAGCAGGAGGUGUGCUGAAUGGAAGUAGCUCAUUUGUACAUAAUGCAGCUGGACAGCAGCAACAACAACAACCUAGUGGAGGCUCACCAGGCCGUAUUACUGUACCCCCUGCACCUAUGGACGAUCUUACAUCUGUACAGUUCAGUGAAGAAAUUCAGAAUGAAGCAAAUAUGUAUUUUCAACAAAUAUAUUCUCAACAUAUGCAAAUGCCGGUCGCCGAUUUUGUCGAACGUUUAAAACAAUUUAAAGCAUCAAAUGUGCAAAGGGACAAGGAUAUUUUGGCAUGUGUGGUCAAAAAUCUGUUUGAAGAAUAUCGAUUUUUUCACGAGUAUCCUGAACGAGAGUUGAGAACAACCGCGGAAGUUUACGGAAGCAUUAUUCGUGAGGGUGUUAUCUCGAACUUACAAUUUGCCACUGCAGUGAGGAAGGUUAUAGAAUCAUUGCAAGCAGAACCAGGUAGUAUGCUUUGGACAUUUGGAAUCGUAGCACUGAAUGCAUGUCGAACAAAAUUGAGUUUGUAUCCCAAAGUAUGUGUCAUGAUUGCUAACCAACGGAAUUUUCAGCAUUUUCCACAGAAUUUAAAGGAUUACGUGACCAGUGGUAUACAGGGACAGCAACCACAUGUUCCUGGUCGCGAAACACCAAGUUGGCAGCCGCAGCAGCGAACAACAACUGAUAUGAAUCGAGCCUUAGCAGCACGUUCCGGUUCAUCGGUGUUGUCUGUUACUAGUGUUGACACACUAGUUAAUGCGACUGAAAAAGAAGGUAGUCAAAUAAAACAACCACCAGAAACUGUAAUGGAAAAAGUUGCAUUUUUGUUCAAUAAUUUGAGCCAGAUCAAUCUUCCGAAAAAGGUCGAAGAAAUAAAAAUUAUGAUCGAAGAAUUGGAUGAUGAUUUCAUCCGAUGGUUAGCACAGUAUUUGGUAAUGAAACGUGUUAGUAUUGAGCAGAAUUUUCAACCUCUCUACAAUCUAUUUCUUUUGGCAAUUGAAAACAGAAAGCUGGAAGAAUUCGUGAAACUGGAAACUUUUAGGAACAUAAAGAUACUCUUACGAAGUGAUAAGCGACAAGCAGCGACGAAUUUCGGUGAUAGGCAGUUAUUAAAAAAUCUCGGUUUAUGGCUCGGUGCGAUUACAAUUGCCCGCGACCAUCCUGUUGUUACAUCGGAUUUGGAUAUGAAAUCUCUUCUUAUGGAAGCUUAUUACAAAGGACAGCAAGAACUUCUAUUUGUUGUACCCUUCAUUGCAAAAAUUCUUGUCUCUUGUAGCAAAAGUCAGAUCUUUGGCCCAAACUGCGCGUGGAUAAAAGCGAUUUUCAAAAUUUUGGCGGAGCUUCAUAAUCAACCUGAUUUGAAAUUAAAUUUAAAAUUCGAGAUAGAAGUACUCUGUAAAGAAUUGGGUGUUGAUUUGAGCAAGCUAACAAUAGAAGAUGUGCUCAAGGAUACCGAACGCUUGAUAAGGCUUCCGCAACAAUUAGGCGACCUAAAAAUGUUAAAACCACCUGAACUGCAGAUGGCGGCUUCACCUAUCCCAACAGUACGUUCCAAUUCUGAAACUUCUGCAGAAAUUGUUGUGGCAGGUAUAUCACAAACAGCAACUACUGAUGUUGAUCAUUUAAUUGGCAAUUUAUCAAGCAUCACUAUGCCGAGAAGCCAAUCUCCAAGUGGUGCACAAGUGCAAACACCAGCUCAUUUUCACUAUCACGAUAUAAACAUUGUUUCCUUUGACGGUCUUACACCGCAUUUAAAAUUAUCAGCUUCAUUACCUCUGUUUCAGCUGAAUCCGCAGUUGAAACACGUCGUUCGGCCAGCAAUUAGUCACGCAAUUAAAGAAUUGAUUGGACCCGUUACUGAACGAGCAAUUCGGAUUGCUAUGCAUGUUACAGAACAUAUAUGCAAGAAGGAUUUUGCACUGGAACCUGACGAGCAAAAAAUACGCCGUGCCUCACAACAUAUGAUUCGAGCAAUGACAGCGGGAAUGGCAUCCAUAACAUGUAGAGAACCGUUGUCUUCAACUAUUCUGGGAUUUCUUAAAACAGCAUUCACUAAUUCUUUGCGGUGCAGUAUUACACCAGAACAGCAGAAACUAAUCGAUGAAGCUGCCACGACGAUUGCGGAGGAUAACGUAGAAUUGGCAACCAAUUUCAUAGUUAAGACAGCAUGCGAAAAAGCGACUCCCGAAAUGGAUAAACGCCUUGAAUCUGAAUUUGCUACUAGAAAGCAGUAUCGCCUUGAAGGUCGACAGUACGCUGAUCCUGUUGCUCUUGCACGCGCUCAGCAGAUGCCAGAAAAAAUACGACUUCGCGUUGGAUCGAUGACAAAUCAGCAGAUGGUUGUUUAUGAUGAAUUUUCCAGCCGGAUUUGUGGUUUCAAACCAACGACGGCCGAAGAUAUGAUAGUCGAUUUCAGUGUCAUGAAAUCGUCUACUCCAACUGCCAUGCAGCCAGUGGUUCAGCAGCCUGGAAUGGACAAGGAAGUGGAACAGUUUGUAACAGCUUUGCAAUUACUUGUGCAUGACAUUGAUUCGAUAUUAUCAGCUUAUGGUAUACCAAACUAUCGUGCAAGUGCUGCAGUUGCUAAUAUUCGUGACGCAAUAUCGCAGCUGGCAUCAAAUCCGCGUGAACCAAUCCAAAUGCAUAACUGCAUACAGCGUAUUGUUGAACAAGUCUUGUGUGCCUACAGAAAUGCAGAUUUUCAGCAACAUCAGUUGUCACCUCCGGAAAUAGACUGGAAUCGCAGAUUAAAGGACGUCUUUCUUCAAUUGUGUCGUAUCCUACUAACACAGAUUCCUCUGGGAGAUUUAGCCCGUCGUGUGACUCGAGUCAUUGUGGAUUGUAGACUAGAUUAUCGAUUCAAUGUUGAUGCUAUGGAUUUGCUUGCCAAACACAUGUUGAUUCAAAUGAAUGUUUAUGAUCAGAAUUUGGCUAUGUUGAUCGAUAGCGGCAGCAAUUUUGAAGCUUUAAUAUUUGCUCAGCGCUUUUUAAAAUUGUUAACAAUGAAUAAUCCAACACAUUCGCGGCAAGCGGUUUCUGAAUCAAUGCCCCUUACGAUGGAACAACUAGCUAAGGCACAGCAAUUCGGACAGAAUAGACCAACUCCUGAAAGCUUUGCAACUGCGACAGUGCCACUAAAUAACGAAGUGGCACUUAUUGGUUCACGAAGUGUUGCAUCGCUCCCACCACCUUCAACCAUUGCUGAUCGUGUGCACAACAGUUUACCAGCAGCACUUGUUGCAUCGGUGCCACUAUCUGGUCCAGUUGGAGGUAGUACUCAUCUACGGGGUGAUAAUAUGGAAGAUGGUGCUGAGUUGCAAAGCAAGGUAGAAAUGAUAUUACGAGAAUGGAUACAGCUUUGUUACACACCGCAAGCACAGAAGGAACCCCAACAGGCUCUUGCACAAAUUGUUCAUGUAAUGCAUGAGCAAGGUGUUAUAUCGACAGAUGAGAUGAUCACACGAUUCUUUCGUUUAUGUACCGAAAUGUGCGUUGAUGUAUCAUAUAGGCUAAUAAAAAACGACGUAAGCAGUCAUCCGACGACGGUUGUACGACAACGAUGCUAUUAUACACUUGAUGCUUUUGUCAAACUCACAUGUUUGAUGAUCAAACACAGCGAUGGGAGUCAAUACCAAACGAAAAUUAAUCUCUUGAAGAAAGUAUUGAAUAUCAUCACCAACGUACUGCAUCUGGACCAUGAGGUCCGCGGUACUGAUUUUCAUUCGAUGCCAUAUCAGCGUAUCCUAAUCAUCAUGUUCAAUGAACUUACCGCACCUGAUCCUACUUUGGAUGUCAUUUCAUGGCAUAUUUUAGAGGCUUUUGGACAGGCUUUAUUUAUCCUACAGCCGCGACGAGUUCCGGGUUUUGCUUAUGCUUGGUUAGAUAUCAUUGGACACAGAAACUUUAUUGGGAGGCUACUGAAGGAAAGCACAGAACCGAUGAAAACAGCUGCAAUGUACACUCAAUUGAUCAUAUGUCAUUUGAAGUUCUUAGCUCCGUUCUUGCGCAAUAUUCAGCUCCCAAAAUCGAUUGCCAUGAUGUAUAAGGGUACGCUUCGCGUUUUGUUAGUGAUUCUGCAUGAUUUCCCAGAAUUGCUAUGUGAGUAUCACAUCGUUAUCUGUGAUACAAUACCGCCGAACUGUGUUCAGCUGCGCAACCUUGUGCUUAGUGCUUACCCGAAAAAUAUGCGAUUACCUGAUCCGUUUGGUUCAAAUUUGAAGGUUGAUAGUUUGCUAGAAAUGACUCAAGAACCAAAAAUGAAUAUUAAUAUGGCUGCAAUCAUUCCGCCUGAUCUAAGAACGCAACUGGAUGAUUAUUUAAAUACUCGCUCAUCUGUUGAUUUUCAUGCUAACUUGCCAAGUUUGUUACAGGUUAGUAACAUUGCUGGUUCGAAAUAUAAUACAACCGUUAUGAAUGCAGUUGUUAUAUAUGUUGGAAUGCGUGCAAUUCAAGCAAUUCAUGAGAAACAGCAAUGCAUUACAAUGACUACAAUCGCACACACAGCAUAUAUGGAUAUUUUUCAAAAUCUGGCUGUUAGCUUGUGUACUGAAGGACGAUAUUUGCUGUUCAACGCUAUAGCAAAUCAGUUGCGUUAUCCGAAUAGCCACACGCAUUAUUUCAGCUGUACCCUGUUAUAUCUAUUUUUAGAAGCAAAUACUGAAGUAAUACAGGAGCAAAUUACGCGAAUUUUGUUUGAACGCCUCGUUGCAUUACGCCCACAUCCGUGGGGUUUGCUGAUUACAUUCAUUGAGCUGAUCAAAAAUCCAAGCUAUAGUUUUUGGAAACAUGAAUUUGUGCGAUGUGCUCCAGAGAUUGAAAGGCUUUUCCAAAGUGUGGCAAAUUCUUGCAUGGGUUCAAAUGCACGCCACAUAAAUGCAAAUGCACCACAUACAUCGCAAUUACCAGCAGGCAGCAGCCCGCAAACUAUACAGCAGUGA